GCAUGUCGGCUUCCUCAGAAACAUACAGAAAACAGUAAGACUUCUUCACAAUCAUUGUCGAGCAGCUGUAUGUUUCUCCUGCAGGUGUGUGUCAGUAACACCUCCACACACUGACUAUGGUGAAAGAAAACGAGAGAUCAAACUUUCAGAGGCUGUUAUCAGAUGAGAGCAGCGGUUCGGUCGUGUCCAGUGACUCGUGUGAGUACUAUCAGACGGAGAUAUUUGGCUUGUUGCCGAGCUCACAGGCUCAUCGCCGACAGCAACAGAAGAUUCAUCCAGACGCGCUCACGCAUGAUCAGAAUGAACGUUUCCUAUUGGACAGAGAGUGGAAAUCCAGUGUACCUCUCAAAGCUUUACCCUUCUCCAUGCAGGACAAGAGAGACAUCAGAGAGCGGCAGCACCUACAGAGACGCAACAUUGGCUCAUGGAACUCGUGGAGGCGGAGCCAGCAAAUCGCAAGGCGGCGCUUAAAGGAGCAUGUGGGUAGGGCCGUGUCAGGACUGUUGCCAUGGAGACACACACUUCACAAGAUUGAAGGUCAAUUUGGCGUUGGGGUGAAGGCUUACUUUGUGUUCCUGCGGUAUCUGCUGUGUUUGAAUCUGCUGUACAGUGUGAUUAUCAGCGGAUCUGUGGUGACGCCAGCGCUGGUGUACAGAGACAAUCAUGAGUCCCAUAGCUAUUCGUUUGGAUAUAAAGACAUUUUUAUUGGAUCUGGGUUUCUUGAAAAUUCUUCAGUAUUUCAUAGUUUCUACACACGUGGCACUCUUGAUUCCGAUUGCUUGAACACUUCAAUCCUCUUUCUUCUUGGCAUGACAUCUGUUCUCGUCCUCAGUGUCUUUAUGGUGGUCCGCAGGACGGUUGUGGGCUACAAACACUCGUGGUUGACUGGAAAUCGCUUCAGUUCUAAUGCGAGUUAUAAAGUGUUUUGCGGAUGGGAUUUCUGCAUUCAGAAUCAACAGGCAGCGUCACUCAAACGCAACUUCAUCCGGAACGAACUGAAGAUGGAUCUCGACGAGCAGAUGUUUCAUGAGAGAGUCCAGCAGCGCUCGCUCAGACAGUGGGUUCUGCUCAUCUUCCUGCGGGUCGUUCUGAACUUCCUCGUGUUGAUUCUUCUGGGCAGCUCCUUCACUCUCAUCCAUUACGCCAUCAAACUGUCACAACAACAGUAUGAGGAUCUCCGGAUUCUCUCUCUAAUAUUGGAGUAUCUUCCUCCAAUCACCAUGGCAAUGGUAAACUACCUGUUACCGCACGUCUUCAGUAAGAUCUCAGAGUUUGAGGAUUACUCUCUCACCACCCAACUCAACCUCACCCUGAUCAGGAGUAUUUUCCUGAAGCUGGCGUCUUUAGGCAUCUAUCUGUUCUUCCUUAUCAGAACACCAGGUGUCAAAAGCAAGUGUCUCGAGAACGAGUUUGGAAAGGAGAUGUACAAACUCACCAUGUUCAACCUCAUUGAGUGUAUCUUCAGUGCGUUUUUCCUGGCCUACCCAAGAACGUUAUUGGUGGAGAGGUUUCCAGACUGGAGGUUGGUGCAGAUAUUGGGCAAACAGCAAUUUGAGAUUCCCUUAAACGUGCUGGACCUGGUGAAUAGUCAGACAGUCACAUGGGUGGGCGUGUUUUAUUGCCCUCUUCUGCCCACCAUCAGCACCAUCAGACUGCUGUUUGUCUUCUAUAUCAAGAAGUUCACAGUAGUGAGAUGUUGUGUUCCCGCUCAGAGAAUGUUCCGGACCGCCAGUUCCUCAGUUCUGUUCCAUUUCAUGCUGUUGUUGGGUCUGUUUAUGUCUGUGGUCACGCUGGGAGUCAACAUCAACAGGUUUGUUCCGGGAGGCUGCGGCCCAUUUGAAGGAAACAGAACCGUGUUUAAUGUGACGAGUGUGUGUGUGAAGACGCUGCCCGUCCCCGCACAGACCGCCAUCAGUUACAUCUCAUCUGAGGCGUUUGCAUUCGCUCUCAUACUGGCAGAAGUUGUCAUACUGACGUCAUACAUGUCUCGUGGAAGAGCCAAUCGUAAAGGCAUCGAGAGACUGAAGGACAUGUUGGUUAUGUGCAGCUCAGAUAAGCGUUUCCUGGUGAAACAGCACUCUACAAUCAUGAGACGACAGCAGCGGACACGCUAACAACACGCCAGAUGCUGCAGAGAUGCCCUACCUGUGAAUGAAGAUACACUUUGUGUGGAAGUCGCUAAUCACAAGCUAUUCGUGCUAAAUAGUGUGUGUGAUUAGAUUCAGUGUGCAACAGAUCACCGAAUACUGCAUGUAAUAUUUGUGCUUCUGAAGUGUGCAUCUGUGCUUGUACACUCUAUAAGUUUUCAUGUCAAUAUUUCCCCACUGCUCUUGAAUUCUGACCUCUGAGGGUAUUGUCUUUUGUGCAAAUCAAUGACACAAAUAUUACAGUUGUAAAUGUUUCAUGUGCAAUAUGAAUGUUGUAAAAGCAGCUCAUAGAACAGUUUGUGUUGUGUUCUGAUCAUUUUGACCCGAACGUUUAAGUUUUUAUCUUUUUUUUUCUCA